CGGGGUGGAUUCGUCGCAAUACCGCCCUUACAUGCUUAGACAAAAGUGCGAACGACGUUUCAACGAAAGAAUUGUAAAUGUAAAAGCAAAAUCAAAAUUAAACAAGGUGAAUAAUAGGUGUGUUUUUAUUGUGUAUUGUGAUUUAUUUAGAAAGUGAAUUCGGAUUUCGACAUGGAUAAUUGUUCUAAUUUGUUGAUGGAUGAAGUGCCACCAGAUCUUAGGAGUCCCGAUGGCGAAAACAACGAUCAGCCGGCAUCAGCGUCCGAUAAACGACCACCUGCGUGCACAAAAGGCGUCGCAAUGUCGUUCGGAUUCAAGCGCCGUGCUGCGACGGCACCGGUGGCGUCUAACGCCAGUGCCGCGAGACGUCUCGCCAACGCCGAUAUUGUCGACGGAAAUGGGAAUGAGCACACGGACACUGAUAUUUUGACAGAACACGCAGUACCAACUGGUCGUACCACCCCAAGGUUGGCACCGCCGAAAAAAGAAGCGAACGCCACCAAGCAGGGGAGCCGGUUCGGGUUUAGGCACAAUCAGGUGAACAGGCUCAACAAGGUUGCCGAUCUGAACAGCCAACAACAGCCCUGUGAUUUUGGCAACAACAUCAACCAGCAAACAACGGCAACUAAGCGCCCCACUUCCAUUUGCAGACCUAGCAGUGCGGUCGACUCCAACAGGGGCGCCGGAAUUUGCAGGGUGGGACUUUUACAACCUCAGACCGGAAGAUUUACCCUUCAAUCCACUCAGUUACCCCGCCCAGAGCCCAUCCGACUCAUCGAGACGAAAUCAGCCAAAACUUUAGCCAACAAUAAUCGUAAGGUGGCUAUGUACCGUCACGCCGAUGAAACCUCCUCAAAAGACGGUUCUUUAACAGAAGACUCUGGUUUGGGUAGCCACUUUAGCGGCUACAUGGGGGAUAAUGAUACCGGGCAGGAGCUGGAGCGGCUGGAAUCGUCUCCGAUAUUGAAGAGAAGGUUUCCUGCUAAGCCCAGAACAUUGGAGAUGGUUUCCACAAGUAAUAAUACGUUUAAUGUGAGGGAUAGAAGCGAUUCUAAUCAGAGUAUUUUGCCCAUUCCGAAGCUACCUAGUGCUUUUAACACCAUGGACAACAACCGAAGUGCAUAUCAAAUGACCGGUAUAGUUCGAGAACGCACUAUGGAGUACGAGAGAAACAGGCGCAAAAUUUCGAUAACCUCUUCAGAAGGUUUUAGUGACGACUAUGGAGAGGAAGAAAAGAAUUACAAAGACUGUUACCGUAAUGAAAAACCGUUUAUUAAGCCAACUGUUUCAUCCCCAAACAAAACAUUCCUUAAAUCCAGACCUGCUGUGAGAGAAAUGAAAAAUAUAAAAGAUGAUUCCAGCCCGCCAUCAUCGGACCAAGAGUGGUUAAACGGCGGUGAGGCGAUGGCGGACGAAAUUAGUUUUUCGUUGAGCUCCAGUGACGAAUCAAAGGAAAAAGUACAUCAAAUUACAUCGCCAGGUUUUGUUCAGGCUUUGUUGAAGAGUGCAAAUGCAUCAGUUAAAUCAGACGCAAAAAACAUCGUGUUGAAUUUGGAGGAUAGCAAGUUUGAACAGAUUGCUGCUGCAAGUACCAACGGUACUCUUUUGGACGACGAAACUUUAUCGCCAGCCAACAGUCCCGGAACCCCAACCAACGCUUCGAACUCCUUAUCCCUUUCCGAAGGCAAGGACGACUUCCUAAUCGACGACGAGAUCGCCGAUCAGCCGGCCCUCGUUUUCGAAGACAACAUUCAGUUGCAGCAGCAAAACGACGCGAUGAGCGUCAGCAUCUCCGAGAACACCCUUACACUGACCAUGGUCGAGUCGUCCGCCAAGGUGCGACGCAGGCGAAAUCCAGCAGGAUUCGAGGGCAGCCCGCUGAUGACGAGGAGCAAGAAGUUCCUGCACAGCAGGACGGGGUCUUUGGACACCUUGUCGCCUUGCGAAAGCAUUGCUAGCGACGAUCUGAUGAUGGAUUAUGAUUAUAGUCAGGGCAGCGGCUUAGAUGAUGACAGGCAAAGCAGUGGAUUCCCUUCCUUCGACCAGUCUGUAACCAAUAAAGAUAUCGAGUUUGACAAAGAAGAUGGUCUGAGAAAUUGGACCUCAUUGAUUGGAAAUUACUCAGCAGAUAAAUCAAAUAAAAGUAAUGCAACUCGAACUAGACUGCUUCGAUCGCGAGCCAGCACGCCAAGUUCGGUACCUGAUUCGCCUCGCUCUCUCGAUGGCCGAGCCACCAGCCGAACCCGGACGCUGGCGACCGGAAGUCCGGCCAAAACAAGGAUCGGUCAAUUGACGAGCGCGGCCGGAUACGAUUCGGACGAUUCCGUGCGUCUGGAUCGCGCCAAUCACACGGCGAUGAAACAGGACAUCAUCAGCAUCAAGACCAUGCUGCUUAAACUGAGGAGGGUGCUAAACGAGCAGACUGAUGAAGAAUUAUUGUUGAGGUCUGAUACUCACAACCCAUUUGAAAGUCAGGCAAUUUUGACGAAUGGGCUCUUCAACAGCGGUCUCAAUUCCUUGACGACCAGCGAUUCGACAACCCCGAGUAACUGUCACGACGAUAACGAAGAAGCUCGAGUGGAGCUGGCCGAGCUACGUCGACAGGUUCUUUUUCUGCAAGGGCAGCUGGAGGACAAAGACAAGACUGUGCUGGAGCUGCAGGAUCGCAUGAUCAAGUUGGCCAAUGAUAAUUACCACGCCAAUUCUGCGCCGGCGUCUACCGUAUCCACGGAUAGCGGAACUUGUAACGCCGCUACGCAAACUGAAAGGAUCCGACCUAUUUCUGCAGGACCUUCUCUACUAAACGGUUCAGAUGGUAACAACGGAUCGCUUGUUAGUGUGACUGAAUCUCGUCGCUCCCGUCCUCCCAUCCAAAGCGACUCACCGGCAGCGAAGCGAACGCCAUCCAGGCUUUGGCGGAAACCCGGUGAACCGCCGUCACCGCAGCGCUACGCAUCAAACCCAUCAUCCGCAUCGUCUACGUCAUCCAUACCCAGGCGAGCCAAUAGUCGAACUAGGGCGCCUUCCACCAUUACGUGAUAUCUAUUUAUUAAAUUGAUUCGUUUUAUUUCUAGAGAAUUAAAGCGGGCUUUUAAGGAAGUACUCGAAUGACAACUGCACUUUAAACAUCUAUGAUUAGAGUCUGUUUUGAGUAUUUAUGGUUUGGACCUCUGCUUUAUAAAAUAUAAAGAGUUAAAUAUUGUAUUUCAUACUGUUGGUGUUUUCAAUUCAAUUAAUUAAGAAAUAUAUUAUACUUACAAAGUAACAAAUUCAAUUUUUUUUUACAAAUUUACAUCUUUUUUGUGCCUUAAAAUAUUCACUUAAUAGAAAAUAUUAAUUUUUCAUCUUUAGUAGGCCCCUUGUAAAUGUCGCUCCAAGUAACCCUACUUAGAAUAAAUAUUUUGAAAAACAUUGACAAAGUUGGACAGUAACUAAAUUUUUAGCGUCUCUUAAUGUAUUUUUUUAAUCGUAACCUACACCUAAAAAAUUUACAUUUUCAAAUCGCAAUUUAAAUGCAAAUAUCUCGGAAACGGUUGCUCCCAGCGAAAUUUAGAAAGUAUACCUUUUUUACUAAAAACAGAUAAAAAGUAAUAUUUUUAUUUAAAAUGCAACAACGUUGUCACCUGAUAGCGCCCUUUACAACCUAAAUAAAUUUUUUAAGAAAUUUAUUUUCCCCGGUCUAAAAAAAUCGAAAAAUUAAAUUUUGGACAAAACAUUUUUUUUUUAAGUUAUUUAAUUACCUAAAUCGAAAACGAACUUUACUCUGGACACACAUUUCACUUACCUUAAUAUUAUAAUUGAAACUUGUUAUUUUAAAAAAUGUUGGGAAAAUAACAUGUAUUGUUUGGUAAUUGCAUUAGACGUAAUCAUGGAAUAAGUUAAAUUUGUGUCAAGAGUAAAAGUUGCAGGAUGCAGAUCAAAAAAUGUUCUUUAAAAAUUACAACGCAGAAGUUACACACAUACAUAUUCUAAAAAUCUACUUAAAACACAAAGGUACUAGUUUAAUAAAUAUGGUUGGUUGACAAUAAUAAUUAGUAUCCAAAAAUACUGUACUUUCUUAAAAGCCUGCAUUUUGUAAAUAGAUAAUUUUUUAUUAAGGGUAAUACUUUUGACUGUGAUUUAUGUUAUGGUUAACUUUCGUAAAAUUUUGCAUUAAAUAUACUGUGAAAUAUUAAUGUAAAUUUUACGUUUUCGAUGUGUAUAUUUUUUUUUAUUGAGGUAAUGCGUACAAUAGAAAUUAAUAUAUUACCUAUUUAUUUAUUAAAUUGUGCAAUACAUUGCUCCUUCCUAAGUAUUACUAGUGUAAAUUAGGUUGACUUAUUUAUGGAAACUGUAUUAAAAGACAAAUACA